AUGCAGGCAACUGAACCUGCAAUUGACAUCUGUGAUCCAAACCCAGUGAUGAUGCUAAUGCUCUGUGUCUACAUGUAUGAAAGGUUACCUACAUAUCUCCCGAAGAAAGUGGUGGCAUUCUCUUGCAGUCUGUAUGACGUUGUACUGGGACAGAUAUUAUUGAAGAACCCAAGCUUGAAAAAUUUAGUUUAUACAGCUACAAUUGUUGGAAGAGAUGCUGCUGACUUUUCUCUCGCCCAGACAGGGAAUGUUAUAACAAUUGCCCCAAAAAACCAAAUUGUCCUCUAUGUGAAAUUUUUAAGUCGCUUCCUCCAUCCUACUGAAGCUACACUAUUAUUAAUUUCAAAACCUAAGGGUGGAGUAGGAGGGAGUACUAUGGCUUUUGCUCUGAAAGGAGAAGUACUAAAUUUUAAAGCAAUUGAAAUUCUAAAAUGCAAAUCUCCAUGUUAUCAAUGGAAAGAAGUCAGUGUAAAUGUGAAAAAUCCCUUUCCAGUGGGUGGAGAUUUUAAUGUCAUUCUUGUGGAAUCCACAACACUUAUGUAUUUGCCAUCACAAGUAACUGAAUCUUCAAAAGCUGCUGUGAGGCCUGAUCGUAGUAUGGAUAGUGACUAUGGUGCUGAUGGGAGUUGUUCCCACGCUGAAAGUGGCAUAAGAACCUCAAUUAAGUCUAACUUUAUCAGAGAAUUCUUCUGUUCAAUGCCUACAUUUUUCUUGGAAGCCAAAGGAUCUUCAAGCCUGGAGAUCUACUAUCUUCCCUUUGAUAUGCAUGUCCGCUAUUGUGCCGUCAUCCUGAGCAACAAAGAGAAUACCAAAAAAUUUCCACAACUUAGACACAAAUUUAAGGUCUCAGCAUAUGCGAGUUUUAUGGCAGCAGAACCUCCAGGACUAGCUUUAUCUCAGUUUCUGUGA